AUGGCGACGCCUUCCUCCAUGGCCUCGUCCAGCUCGCGGGACAUGGUCCAGCGCAUCCAUCGCGUGACGAGAGAGAACCGCCACCUCUGGUACCAGUUGACGGUUCUGCAGCAGCCGGAGCGAGCUCGUGCCUGUGGUUCGGGCAUGAAAGCGAACAGCGACCGACGACCUGUUGACCCGCCGCCUGUUGUCGAGCUCCGUAUCAUUGAGGGACCUUCCGUCGAAGAGGGCAAGGACAUUACUUUUGAUUACAACGCCAACUUCUUUCUGUAUGCCAGCCUUGAGCAGGCUCGCACGAUUGCUCACGGCCGCGUCCAAAAUGGCGCCACCAACAAUCCCCCCAUCCUGACUGGUGUUCCUGCAUCUGGCAUGGCCUACCUCGACCGACCAACCGAGGCUGGAUACUUCAUCUUCCCCGACCUGUCCGUCCGACACGAAGGCUACUUCCGCCUGUCCUUUAGCUUGUAUGAAACGACCAAGGAGCCCAAGGAUUUCGACCUGGAGCCGGCCGAUUCCGACCUUCCCCCUGGAGUGGACUGGAGGAUGGAGAUCAAGACGCAGCCCUUCAACGUCUUCAGCGCCAAGAAGUUCCCCGGACUCAUGGAGAGCACUUCGCUCAGCAAGACGGUUGCCGACCAGGGCUGCCGAGUUCGAAUCCGUCGCGACGUUCGCAUGAGGAAGCGCGACGGCAAGGGCAGCGGCUUCGACCGACGCGAGGAGGAGUACUCUCGGCGCCGGACCGUGACGCCGGCUCCCGCCGAGGAUCCCAUUCUGCGGGCCAGAUCCGUCAGCAACGCGAGCGAGCACCGCGCGCCGUACAUGCCGCAGGAGCCGUCACGGCGACCAUCUGCUGCCGAGAGCUACCAUGCUCCCUCGCUACCCCCUCCUCCGCCCCCGUCCUACGACGCACCUCCGCCCGCCGCUCGCCCCGGACAUCUGGGCUUUGGCGGAGACCACAACAUGCCGCAGUACGGCGCACCCGCUCCUCGGCCAUACGGCCACCCGCAGAGCGCACCGAUCCCCCCUGCGACACCCACUGGGCCAUAUCCGACAUCGUCGUCUGCGGGGCCGUCCCCGUAUGCUAAGCAGGAUCAGCAGCAGUACAAUUAUAGCGCCCGCCCUCCGGCGCCCAGUGCUUCCCCAGCGCCGCCGAUGAAGCACGCCAUAUACGACAACCGGCCUUCCGAGCCAUAUGUGCCUCAGUCAUCUCCUGUAUAUGCAUCGAGCGAGAGGCGGCCUUCCUAUGCCAGCUACUCUGCUCCUGCGCCCUAUUCUGCGCCCGCUCCUCCGACGCACUAUUCGGCUCCCCCUCCAGCGCCAUACUCGGCUCCGGCGCCUCCGCCUCCCAGGCCGCAGAUGUCUCAGUCGUCUCUGGCGCCGCUCAAGAUUGCGUCCCUGGUGUCUCCCUUGCCGCCCAUUGAGGCCCAGACCGAGCCUCUCCCUCCGCCUCCCAUGUUGUCGACUGGUGGUAAGAGGAAACACGACCACGUCUUUUCUCAAAACCACAAGCCGCUGUACAACGGCCAGCGCCAGCUUGACGCGCACUAUGGUCACGGAUACCGCGGGCUCACCCCCGAGCCGGACCAGGGCUUGUACUCGCGUGCAGACGGUCAGAUCGGCGUUGUCACCUUCAACCAAUACCAGGUCUAA